UUCAGAUUCCAAACAACAAUCUUCAAUCACACACAAAAUCUUUACAAACAAAAAAACAUUAAUUACAAGAAAAAGAAACAGAAAAAUAAAAAUGGUGUACACAUACAAACCAACAUACUACUCAUCACUACAAGAUUCGAUAACAUCAGUAUGCAAGAACAUCCUCCCAUUUCCGUUCAAGAAACGAAGAUUACCCGCGAUUGCAGCGGCCGAACAAAGAUUGUGGAAGCAACAAUCUGAUAACUUAAAAUGGCAACAAGAAUCUUUUCAUCAGAUCUUGAAUUUAAUGGGCUUGUUUAAAGAAGGGAUCUUGGCUGAAUCUGAAGUUUCUGCUUUUCGGACACAUCUUCUUGAUACUCUUAUUUCUUCGCCUUUCGAUCAUGAACAGCCUGUCAUUUUAAGAGAUAAAUUGAUCUUCUUACAGGAAUUAUUGUAUGCAAACUGCAUAUCAGAAGAGGAAUAUCAUACAUCAAAGAAUCCACUGUUGCAAAGAUUAUCAGCUCAAGGAGCUAAAAUUGAUCCAAAAGAUGUGGUCAUUGCUGGACCACGACAAAAGGACCCAAAUGAUGAAUGGUCAGUAAUCGAUUUAAAAGAUUCGGGCUCUAAAACCAAGUCAAAGCAGCAUACUUCAGCCGUAAAACAAGUCAAAGGAGCUGCAUCUUUUAUCGGUUUAUCGUCAUCAUCAAACAAAAAUGGGAAAGAAAAGAGUGUUUCUGAUACAGGUUCCAAGAAUCUUGGAAUGUCUCAAGAGAACCCCUUUUGGAACUGUGAGUUGAAAGAAAAAGAAAACGAGAAACCGGCAAUUCUUAUGUCAGAGAGUGUUGUGAAUGAGGAAUCAUCAACAAAGAAGUCUAAAAGAAAGGCGUUUACAGGUUUUAUGAAAUGGAAAAAGAGUGAAGAUUCUGAGAAAGAUACCAUUCCGUUGUCAUUAAAUGAUUCAGUUAAUGAAAAUUCUUUAGGCCUUAGUGAAGGGCAAGAUUCUAAAAUUAAGAGAAAACUACACACGGAUGGUUCGUCGUCUGAUUACUUUGUUGAUAAGGUUUUAGCCGAUAAAAUAAAAGAGGAGCUAAUGAAAACCAAAGCAGAACUUCAAUUAUCGGAUGAUCAGAUUCAAGUGAUUUCAACUAGACUUCCCAUCGACAAAGCUGACCUGAAAAAGUUCUUUCCAAGGAAAUGGUGUGAUCAAUAUGGAGAAACUGUGCUAGAAGUUGUGAGAAAAGAGUAUAAGGCUCAUGUUAAUGACAUCAAAAACAUGUCAAAUUCUGCCUUGAAGAAGGAACAAGUAAAGAAGGAAGCAAAAAUUUCAGAAGUAAAAUGGACAACUUUUGAUGAAGAUGAUGAAAACUGUCACCCAAAUCUUUUUGUGGAUAAUGGUCCAGUUUCAACAGGUUUUGGAGCCCAGAAAGAUGACCGAAAUGUCCGGGUUUCCAAGAACAGAAUCAGUACAGAUAGGUUGUUUAAGAACAACCCUUUCUUUGAUUAUUAGGCCAAGAUCUGAACUUGGCUUAUUAUAUACUAUAAGUUAUGUUUCUACAUUCUUUUGUUUGUGUUGGGAUGGGUUUUUUAUGGAUUAGUUUCAUCUGUGUAUUGGUUAAUUGGUUAGUUUUUUAAAAGAUUUGUGAAUAAACUUGAAAGUUUAUGGAUUUAUAUAUAAUGAAUGAAUGUUUUAAUAA